AAACAGAUGAUUCUCUGUGGCGACCCCUAACGGGAACAGCCGAAAGAAGAAGAAGAAGAACAAAAACAAGUAAAGUGAUAUCGGUGACUUUUAUCUGGACAUGUCUAGGCAACUUGGAUGGAGUUGCUGAUCAGGAGUUUGGAUGUUGUGACCAUCGCAGUGCCUCCUGCCCUGCCUGCAGCCAUCACUGCUGGCACCAUCUAUGCCCAGCACAGGCUGAAGAGCCAGGGUGUCUUCUGCAUCAGUCCACCACGCAUCAAUGUAUGUGGCAAGGUCUCACUCUUCUGCUUUGAUAAGACAGGAACUCUGACGGAGGAGGGGCUGGAUGUUUGGGGAGUGAUGGAAGGGGGACCUGCUGGGUUCUCAGAGCUGGUCCCAGAGCCCAGACUCUUGCCCCCAGGCCUCAUGCUCUCUGGAUUAGCCUGCUGUCACACUGUGACGCUGCUGGAAGGUCAGCCCCUCGGAGACCCUCUGGAGCUGAAGAUGGUCGAGUCCACUAGUUGGUCUAACCUGCUGUUUGUCCUGUGUGCAGGAGGCAAUGUGGGGAGCCGGCACGAGGCACGGGGUCCAGCCCUGAGGAGGCGUCCUGCGGCUGGGAGGAGCGUGGCCCUCCUGUGGCCCUCCUGCGGCGCUCUGGGACACUCCUACUAA